CGCUAAACUUGUCAUACACAUCGUGUAUUUAUAUGCUAUAUACAUAUUUUGUUUGAAUUGAAAUCUGUCCACUGUUUAUCGGGUCAAAACUGUUAUUUCUCGUUGACAAAGAAAAAAAAGGUUUCCUUCAUCCACUAGACAGAUAUUCUCGAUCGUGCUAAUGAAGAAUAAAGGAUUCGUUUUCUUUUUUUCGGUGGUAAUACUAUUUAAAAAUAAAAAUUCCGGCUGACCUGUUAUUGACAGAUCGCGCUACGACCUUAAUCUAUCUGUAGGUUUAUUUUUUUAUUGCUAAACUGGCUGCGCACUAACUUGCACUUAUUCUCUUCUCCUCUCCCUUUCACCAACUCCUACAUAUAUAUCUAUUUCUUUUUACGUUCUCUGAGUGUACACUAGUUCAGCGAUAAGAAACAGAUCUCUUAUUGCACGAAAUCUGAUUAAAAGAGGCAAAUGCUGCCAUCUGUUGUAAUAUGAGCGUGCGCUAGACGCACGUCAAUCUUCCGUGCUAUAAAGCAGCAUCAUGUAAGGUACAUUCGUCGCUCACGUCCUGACGGAACGGAUUAACGAAUUAACGCUGAGAUUACACUCGCAACAAAGUUCGAUGUUUCCGUAAGCAAUGGCAAUGGCGUCGCCGGCGAGCGAGGAGCAAUACCGACGCGAGCAAGAAGCGUUCGUUUCCAAUCAUGGAGGAACGACGCCGCAGGAAAUUAUUUACACGCUUCUGCCGAACGUUUGCGGUGUCCUGUUGACUACGACGAUUCUGGCAGUCUUUCGGGAUUACACUCACAGGAACGUCCGAGUCGUCAUAGAGUUCGUAUUAACUGUUAUCCCGAGUAUCCUGUGCUGUACCAUACUGUCGGGAUACGUCGGCACCGUGUGCGUCGUAAUGAUAUUAAUUUCCGCAGCGAAUAUAUCAGUGCUCGGAAUUAAGGGAAAGGGAACCGUUCGUAAGGGAACCAAUUUCCUCGGCUUACCUAUGCGGCCGGUUACCGGCAAGAGACCCUUCAUAACCAACUUUCGCGCGUUAACCAAUAUAAUUACUGCAAUUUGUAUAUUGGCCGUUGACUUCCGAAUCUUCCCCCGGAAGUUCGCCAAAACAGAAGCGUUCGGACACAGUUUGAUGGAUACGGGCGUCGGGCUGUUUAUAUUUGCUAACGCGUUGGUCGCACCAGAGGCUCGUGAUCUGUCUAGCCAUCGUCAGGCGGGCUUCCGUGAAACUUUAACGAAAAAUAUGAAGAAUUGCAUUCAGAGUUGUCUGCCUCUGUUGUUGCUAGGGUUCGGACGUUUUGCGAUUGUGGAGUGCAUAGCGUAUCAGAAACAUGUCACCGAGUACGGAAUUCAUUGGAACUUUUUUCUAACGUUGGCUUUGGUGAAACUGUUCACUGGCAUGAUUACCAGUACCAUCAACUCCGAGUAUUCGCUGUUCUCAGGCAUUUGGAUAUUAGGGAUGCAUGAGUACAUUAUGAGUACGACAGGCUUAAAGGCGUGGGUCUUGAGCAAUGAGCCAAGAAACGACUUCUUUUCUGCCAAUCGAGAGGGCCUAAUUUCCAUACCUGGUUAUGUAGGAUUGUACUUUAUUAGCGUAGCCGUUGGCAGAUUGAUACAUUCGACAUAUCGAAAUGCAGAGAGAGAGUACACGUUACAGCAUACUCACAAGGAUGUUUCUGUGAAACUGUUUGGUUUCCAGUUGGACGCGAGCUACAACGAGUCUAUGACGUUGUGCAUUAAGUUAUCUCUGAUAUCUGCACAAGCUUGUAUCGCGACACUGUUCUGUGAUAUGUAUUUCAACGUCUCAAGAAGACUAGCUAAUGUCGGCUACUGUACGUGGAUACUGACGUUAACGACUAUUCUGCUUACUCUCCUGUUACUUGUAGAGAUCGUGCUAGACAUAACCGAUUACGCGGCGAGCGAGUCACACGUUGAGAGCAAGACGGAGAGAUUGCGUAGGUAUUUCCGAUUGAACCUAAAGAAAUGUGUGGAAAGUAAGAGAGACGGGGACAAAGAGUGCGUGAUCAGGAGAACCUUGGAGAUCUUCGAUGCCAUCAAUUACAACGGCCUAUUUUUCUUCCUCCUCAGUAACCUUUUGACUGGUCUCGUUAAUAUGUCGAUGUAUACACUGUACGCGCAACAAACGGUGGCUCUAUCGAUAUUAGUCGUAUACAUGGCUGUGAGUGUAUCUUCAAUAUUGAUACUUUAUAGGCUACAGAUAUCGUUUAAACUGUAACAUGUAUAUACGAAAUUGUAACAAUUUUAUUCUGGUGGAUUCACGACCUCUGGUUUAUCUUCUCGAUCGUACCAGAUGCGCUAUUCUUCCACGAGCACCGUUGUAUGAAAUGAAGAGGUGCUAUUUUGCGAUAUUUGUAACCGGGGAAAGAAAGAAGCUGUUUCUCGUGCAGAUUACAUUCCAUAUCGCCGAGCAGAUAUAUGUCUGUCGUGUGUGUAUCACCAAGUAUUACACAAAACAUGAUGUGAAUUAAAUAUCAUAAGAAUUGUAAGAGAGAAUACUGCCAAGUGCAACUCACACAUAUCAACGUUUAUUACGUACUUGUUAUUUAUUAAUUAAAAUAAGUAUGUACAUUUUUCCUCUCGUAUAAAAAUAAGUAAAAGGAAUGUUCCCGGUAACAAAUUUA